CCUCAAACAACCGCGCCAUUAGUUAAUUAUGCGAGCGAUUCGGCAGCGUCCGUUUGACGACUUAGCUCUGCAUUCGUUGUGGUAUCCGGUGGUAGCAUAGCAGCUUAGCAGUGCGGAACAGCAUCUCGCGUUGGGCUUAGGUGGUGCUUUUGAACGACGGCGAGGAUUUUUUUGAAACGCACUGGGAAGUCGAUUGGACCCGAAUUUCGACUCCCGCCGAGGAAAGGACCGCAGCAAAGAUGCCAGCCCCUCCAUCACCUGCAGACCAGCGGAUAGUCUCCCUGUUUGAGCACACAACGCUGGACGUUGACGUAGACGACGAACACAGUGUUUUCGAGUUCAUGUCGGCUGCAGAAACGUCCCGGGAAGUUGCAAUCCGGUUCCUGUCCUGCGUUGGGUACGAGGUGGACGCGGCUGUGGGUCGGUAUCAGAGGUACCAGGCAUUAGCGAAACAGAACAGCCUCAAACCCGUCCCUGAUCCGACAGCCCUGUUGGUACAUUACCUUAACGUGCCAUUGUUCUCGUUACCCGGGACGUCGGAUAAGAAUGGCUCGACUCUGAUUAUCUUCAAUGCGAGAUACUGGGUUGCUGAUGCUGCUGGGACGAGGAGGAUGCUGAAGCUUCUUCAAUACAUAUGUCAUAAAGCGUCGGCCAGCGCACAAACAAGACAAAACGGGAUCACACUCAUCUCCAAUCUCGACAAACUCGAUGGACGGUCUCAGGUGGUGGAGGUGCACCGAUGGCUCAUGCAGAUGUUGGAGUACUAUAUGCCCGUACAUCUCAACCGCGUACUGGUAUGGCAAGCUCCAUACUGGAAUCAAAUGUUUCCGUACGCGUGGCAGCCGGGGGCAUGUCCGGAUGGGCCUUUGAGCGCCGAGAUGGUGACUUGCAAAGACCUGACGACAUAUGUGGAUGCCUCACAAUUACCGAAAGAGCUUGGAGGGGACCUUUCCUUCAAGUACAAGGAAUGGGUGGCAGAUCAGCUGGCAAGCGCUCUGAAAGCCUCCAUCUACCCUCCUCAGCGCCUAGAACAAUGUGCCCACGACGUAUUGGUAGAUGUGGAUCUCGGAGGCUCCAACGCCGUUCCUUCCUCAAAUACCGACGACCUCACCGCUUCCAUCACAUCCUCAACCACCAUGUCCUCCGUAGUCGCAUCAGAACAACCCUCCGUACGAUCAAGCGCACCCUCCUCCCCAGCAGCAACUGACUCGCAAAGCCUCAAAUCCAGCAGCACAGGAACACUAAAAGGAUUAUUCGCGCAGUCCCCACUAUCCUCCUUCCUCCGCGAAAAGUCGUCUGACUACUUUGGACACAAGCAACCUGCGCCGCACAUGGAUGUCAAGACGGGAGAUCGGUAUCUGAAUGCGAAGAAUAAUGGGAAAUCGGGCGGCGCGCUGUUUCCCGUAACGCCGCCGCUUACGGCUUCGACGCCGACGUUGUCGGAUACGGACGAGCCGGUCAUUGAUAUGAUUGAGCCGAAUGAUGAUUUAGCUUGA